AUGGCUGAGUACUUCACCCAGUUACUUCCACUGCUGGACAGGGGUAAUGGGGGAGGAGACGAUAGCCUGGGCACGAAAGUAGAGUUUCGAGAUCCACGCAUAGAGCUUUUUUUGGUUUACAAUCCUUCGCUUGUCAGUGCAAAUUCCGAAUCAUUUGAAGAGUUAUCGAAGCAAAUUGUGUGCUGUAUAUCUCCCAAUGGCUCAACCAAGUGGAAGCUUGAGUUACAGACAAACAUAGUUGGUUUAAUCCAAGGGCUCGAGUCACUUUCGCAGUCCAUAAGUGAAACGAACCCACAGAAUUCGUGGUCGUUCAACUCGCUCGAUUCGAGAGUUAUUGUUCAAAGGAUGGAAAACGAGUACUAUUUUGCUUGUUGUGUUGCAUUUCCAGAUUCUCACAAGGAAACCAACAAAAUGGAGGUUACAACACUACGUAUUGCCAGCAAUAUUACCCAGGCUUAUGGCUAUUUCACACUCCUCAAUUCCACCAUGUCGAACUUGGCAAAGGAAUAUAAUAACGAAGUUUUGGAGCUGACGCUUCGGGAGUUUUGGAGCAAUUAUGUCGAGUCAUACAAUGCAAAUGGCUGUGAAGCGUUGAACCGCAAAGGGCUCCUAGGACUUUUGCCCAGUUCAAAACCUGUUUUCAAGAGAUCAACUGCCUCACUCGGACCAGCAGCUCUGGAAAUUGUAAGGCUUCUAGGUGAGAGUGUAUGCUUAAAAGAAGUCGAGCCUUCUGCGGUGCUUGUAUCUUGCUUUGACCGCUCACUUCCUAAAAGGUAUGGCUCCUUAUACAUGGACACUGUGAAAUCCAGCACUAUUUCUCGAGAUUCAUUACUUUGUUUGUACAACUAUCUUGAAGAUCUCGACUAUUCCGAUCGAAUGAGCGAAGUGUCAAAAAUCACGAAUAAAACGGUAUUUUCUACGGCCGAAAUCACACAAGAAGAAACGGAAACCAGUACCGAAGCAGCGGGGCUCACUCUGGCAGCGCUAGAUUUAUUGAAUCCUAUUCAUCUAGCCAAUAAUUUGGUUGUUCUGCCCGUCAAUUACACUGUGAGUGGAAUGAAAAAUACGUUUAGCCAAGAGGGUUGGUUGCCUCGAUGGAUGGGUGGGCUGUCUCAAGUCGAAUCCACUUUAUCUGAGGAAAACGAAGAAGAUGAGGUUGAUCAGAACGUUUACUUGACGGGCCCCAAUUCGAGUGUGAUACUUUUCUUGGACACGCUGGAUGGUUUCCAACAAUUCCGAUUGGUGACAUAUCAAAGCAGUAAAAGUGGUGUGAGCAUAACAUUAGUGUUUGAUGCAACGUUUUCUGAGCUCGAUAAAGACUCGUUUUACCAACAAUUGUCUUCGGAAGUUCUCGAGCUUGCAAUGGAAGACAUUGAAAGUAUUAUUACAGGCACCAAUGCACUUGGAAAUAGCCUCAGUUCGCUUCCACAAUCUAUUAACGGUAUAAAUCCAGCUUGUCAAAAAGCUCAGUCGGUAGAUGUUGACUCGAACUUUUUUUUCGUCACCUACGACAUGGAAAAUGGAUCCUUCAAGUCAUCAUUACCGUACCUUCCAAGCAUAUCGCCCACAUCCAUUGGCACCAAAUUCAAAAUCGUCAUGCACCAUUUGCACAAUCAACUAAUAGACAUCUUGUUAGCGAGAAGAGAGGGUGAUUUUUUCACCCAAGCAUCCACCGAAUAUUUUCACAAGUUCAGUGCCAACAAGCAUAAUGAUUGGAUGCUCUACUAUUUGAAGUAUCAAGAGAAGUAUAUUAUAAUCAUCAAGAAUCAUUCCAAACUAGCGAAAAAGAGAAAGCAACAGAACAUACCCGAUAUUCCUCCGUCGUUAUUGGCACAGAUCACCAACGGUGUAUACGAUUAUGCACCAUUAGGAUUUUUGGACAAUCUCGGCGACGAUAUUAAGGUGUGGCUUGAGAAGUUGACCACAUCAGACGUUGCCUGA